UUGGGUCUAUUUAUCACGGACUUGCUCAGCUCUCCGAUUCCCUUUUGAGAAACUGACCAUUGAGAACCCCUUGGGGGUCUUGUAGGUUAUGGUUACAAGUGUCAAAAUAAACAACCCUCGUCAGAGAAGCGACAAAACAAUCGAGUAAAUGCAAUAUUACCAAAAUGACAAUCAUUUAAUAAAAGUAAAAGACACUAAUGAGCAUCUUCAUCGAUCUCAUCAAUGAACAAUCAUGAAAUCAGUAUACAGAUUCGGAUUUUUGUUCCUUCUCCUCGUGAGCUUGAUAAUACUCCUGAAUUUUACGAACCAACGGUCAAUCAACAAAAUUGUUGACGUAAAAAUUGAGGAAACAGUGGAACAUGCUGAAUCCAUUGUUCAGACCUCGGUGAAGGUCAUUAUCCAGGAUGAAGUGGUUAUCUGCGUUGUUGUCUGUGGAGACAGACUGGACGAGGCCCUAACGAUGCUCAAAUCUGCUCUUGUAUUUACAAAUAGAUCACUGAAAUUCUUCAUUAUCACUGAACCAAAUCUUAGCAUCGAUUUUGAUGAGAAGCUCACAGAUUGGAAGUACAAAACAAAUAAGACAUUUAGUUACGUCAUUAAACCUGUUGAGUUUCCUGAAUAUAGCGAUGGUGUCGUGUGGAGAAAAUUGUUCAAACCCUGUGCAGCUCAGAGGCUUUUUUUACCUACUUUACUUAGCAACGUAGACAGUGUUCUAUAUGUCGACACAGAUACCCUCUUCCUGGCUCCUCCCGAGAUAGUGUGGGACGAAUUCAAGCUCAUGAAUUCAUCUCAACUGGCAGCUCUGAGCCCAGAGCACGAGGACCCCAACACCGGGUGGUACAACAGAUUUGCCAAGCAUCCUUACUACGGAAAAUUAGGGGUGAAUUCCGGAGUGAUGUUGAUGAAUCUCACGCGAAUGCGAGAGUUCAGGUGGACAGAGUACGUGAUCCCCAUCCACAAGGAAUGGCGGCUCAAAAUAACCUGGGGAGAUCAGGAUAUCAUCAAUAUUAUCUUCUACUAUCAUCCUGAGAAGCUGUACAUCUACUCCUGCAGGUACAAUUAUCGUCCAGAUCAUUGCAUGUAUAUGUCUGUGUGUGCUGAAGCAGAGCGAGAGGGUGCACUGGUGGUACAUGGCUCUAGGGGGGCCUUUCACUCGAUGAAACAGCCACCCUUCAGGGCCAUUUAUCGUGCCAUGCAGCAGUACCAGUUAGAUACAGAUCCUUACGAGAAUCUUCUACUGCCAAUGGAGGGCUAUUUGACUAUGGAUAAUACGUCCAAUUGUGAGAAAGUUUGGAAGGCGUUUAUUAAACAACCUCAGAUACACCUGGGCAGGGACCUUGUUAAUUGAUCGGAUGGAGAUGGCUUGUUAGACAUUAUUUAAUGACAAGAUUCAUUCGUAAAACGGCGAAGGUUAAUUGUUUUGGACUUUGCAUGAAUCUCAAAAACUUUAUAGGAUUUUUUGACGGGUAUAUACAUAUAUUUAUGUAUGAUUCCAUUAUGGGGCCAUUUUGGUAAAGCGUAUAUGUUAUAUAUGAUCAGUUUGUCAUGUGUGGAUUUUUAGUCCAUUGAUGUUUUAUGCAGCCAACACGGCUAAUAACGAAUUGGUUAAGUAGCGAAUUGUUAAUUCGAAAACGUCGAGUGAUCCUCCAGUCGAGGUUUUUAACAAUAUUUCUCAAUGUAAGAGAUAAACUUUAUAAAAAGGUAAUAAUAAUUUUCUACCUUAAAUUUCGAGAUAUUCGCUGCAAACGGUUUAUUAAUUAACGAUUAAUUGUAAUGUUAAUACCAGAGAGAACUGAUGAAAACUGUGAUGUUUUUUCUAUGAAAUAAUUUCUUCACUGUGUCUCUAUUUAAAUAAAUUACAAGUUAAUAAUUCUGCAAAAAAAUCCAAUUUUAUCAGCGCUCUUUGUACUUCUAAUACCAGAUUAAGUAAAUUAUACGAACGAUAUUACGUAUUUACAUAGUAGAUAUACUGUUAUCAUAUUUAGCGAUGACUAAUUAAUAAAACAAUUUUUGUUUUAUCUUCAAACAUAAUUAUAUCGUCUCAUUUCAAACAAAGUUAUCACUCAUUGUUAUUCAAUGGAUAGAAUGCUAUCAAGCUGCCAGAUGAUAAAUCCCUCAGAAUUAAUUGACUAACCAAUUAAUUUGAAAAACGCUAUUCAAAUCGUAACUUGGUAGGAUUGUUUAUAAAUAUUUGUUAUAAGCUCAAAGGCAAAUAAAAUUAAGUGGUAAAAAUUUAAGGAAGUUAUUAUCGGGGCACUUCAAGUAGUGACCUCUGUAUGACACAUUUUUCACUAAUCAAUAAUUAAAUAAAUAAAUUAUUGAAUUACCAACGAUUCCCUAUCGAUAUGGGCGGAUGAUGGCUCUCAAAACUUUUUUAAAUAAAAAUUUU